CAGAAGCAGUCGAAAUCAAGCUUGAGAAGACGAAAUAAUUGAAAUCUUCCUCUGUGUGUGCCCCCUUCUCUGAUAACGUUCAAGUAAAAACAAAGACGACAACCAGUACAACAACAACAAAGAUCAUGUUGAUGCUGAGGAGGAUGGGGCACUUGUUUGCUGUCGUCUGUCUGGCAAUUAUUAUUAGUCCAACCUCGGCAUGCCCGCGUGCUCCCCAAAUGCCACAUGGUCGACGUACACGAGGCGAUAAUGGAUACAAAUUAAUUGUGGCCGAUGGACCCAAUGGCUAUGUUCCCGGCAAGACCUACAACUUACUCCUCCUGGGACACCGCACUCACGAUAAGAUUCAACAUUUCACCCACUUUACAAUUUCUGCAGAAGCUCACACUGGUGCCCGUCGUCCCCAAGCGGCAAAUCCUCGUCGUGUGGGUCGUUUCCAAUUGUUUAGCGAUUCGCUAACCAAAUUCAAUGAUCGUUGUGUGAAUACCGUUUCGGAAGCCGACGAUUUGCCCAAAACUGAAGUGCAGGUUAUGUGGGUGGCUCCAGAAGCGGGCUCUGGUUGCGUUUCUCUUUCUGCCAUGGUGUAUGAAGGACCACGUGCCUGGUACUCUGAUGAUGGCAACUUAUCGGCCGUAAUUUGUGAACGGAAACCGGAUGCCACGACCAUUCAAAAGGAAUGUUGUGCCUGCGAUGAGGCCAAGUAUAGCUUUACCUUCGAAGGUAUUUGGUCGAAUGAAACUCAUCCCAAGGAUUAUCCGUUUGCCAUUUGGUUGACUCACUUUUCCGAUAUUAUUGGAGCAUCGCAUGAAUCGAAUUUCUCCUUCUGGGGUGAGAAUCAUAUAGCCACCGCUGGCUUUAGAUCGCUAGCCGAAUGGGGAUCACCAUCUGCCCUGGAAUCGGAACUGCGUGCCAAUGGUCCUAAACUGCGUACAUUGAUCAAGGCUGCUGGUCUUUGGUAUCCCGAUGUUAAUCAGAACACAUCAUCCAAAUUUCGUGUGGAUCGCAAGCAUCCAAAAGUAUCGCUAGUAUCGAUGUUUGGUCCGUCACCCGAUUGGGUGGUGGGCAUAAGUGGUGUAGAUCUUUGCACCACAGAUUGCAGUUGGGUUGAAUCAAUGGACUUUAAUCUUUAUCCCUGGGAUGCCGGCACCGACAGUGGCAUUACUUAUAUGUCACCCAAUUCGGAGACGCAGCCACCGGAGAGAAUGUAUCGCAUUACCACCAUGUAUCCAGAGGAUCCACGUGCUCCCUUCUAUAAUCCCAAGAGCCGUGAAAUGACUCCAUUGGCCAAGUUGUAUGUGCGUCGCGAGAAGAUUGUCUCAAGAAAUUGCGAUGAUGAAUUCCUUCAGGCUCUGCAAGUGGAAGUCUCCGACGAUGCCGAGGAACAGGAUACGCGUGUUGAAUGCCGCGUCAGUGAAUUUACCCCCUGGAGUCCUUGCUCCGUAACCUGCGGCAAGGGCAUUCGUAUGCGCAAUCGUCACUAUGUUGUGCCCCAGAAAGCUGCUGAUGCCAAAUGCAGUCGGCAAUUGGUAUCAAAGGAGAUGUGUGUGGCCCCAGUGGCCGAAUGCCCUGAAUCAUCAUCAUCAUCGCUCCGUGAUGAAGAUGAGGGUGAAAAUCUGGCCAAUUCACAGUCGCUCGUCAAUGAAAAUGGCGAGGGAGCCGGCUUAUGCAAGACCUCACCGUGGAGCGUAUGGUCCGAAUGCUCGGCUAGCUGUGGCAUUGGCAUCACCAUGCGUACACGGACGUUUGUCAAUCAUUUGGGACGCAAACGUUGUCCGCACAUAACCGUUGUGGAGAAGAACAAGUGCAUGCGGCCCGAUUGUACCUAUGAACAGGUUGAAUUACCCGAUCCCGAAUGCCCCACAACCCAGUGGAGUGACUGGAGUCCUUGUACAUCGACCUGCGGACGCGGUGUGACCAUACGCACACGUCUGGUCCUUCUAGAGAAUGGCGAAGCCAAGGACAAAUGCUUGUCUCGCAUGGAACUGCAUCAGCAAAAGGAAUGUAUCAAUCCUGUCGAUUGUCACAUUAACUCAGAAAUGGCCAAAGAUAUUUGUAUCCAACAUCCGGAUAGUGGUCCUUGUCGGGGUAAUUAUCAGCGUUAUUCCUACAAUCCGCAAACGCAAUCCUGCCAAUCCUUUAGCUAUGGCGGUUGCCGUGGCAAUCGUAAUAAUUUCCUUACCGAAACGGAAUGCCUACAAACCUGCAGCUCGGUGAGAUCGUCGAAGGCAGCUGAGGAAGUUCCCCAGGGUUGUGUCAUGUCCGAUUGGUCCAAUUGGUCAGCCUGCAGCGUCAGCUGUGGUGUCGGCUAUUCCGAGGGCUAUCGCCAAGUUAUCAGUGAGCCCCAACACGGUGGACAAUCCUGUCCCAAGCGUCUGAGCAAACGACGCCGCUGCACUAUGCCCAGUUGCUAAUUGCAAUUAAAAUAUGCUUUCUAAUCUCCAAUUCGUAAUCAGAUAAAUGUAAAGAUUUUGCAUAAAUAUAUCAAAAAUUAUAUUGGAAAUUUAUCUCCA